AAGGAAACACAACCAUCCCUUACUAUGGCAGUGGCACGUCUCCAAGCAAUCCUCGCAUGCCUUCCUUGCGGUACCGCAGAAGCCAAAGAUGAGACCUAUCCCAACGAAAAAGCCGCGCUACUCUCCGCCGCUACAUCCAACUCACGUCUUACCGCUGAGACUGCCGACAAUGUUAUCGCAAUCCUCCUGACCACGUCCCUCACCGGCCCAGCCCUCCACAUGCAGCUCGACUCCGUCGUCGGCGCAUCGGGCUGGCGCUCCAACAUGGCCAAAUACGUCCUAGAAAAGCUCACUGCCGCGCUGCAGGCGUCGCACGAGAGACUCGGCCCAACCAUCCGCAGCGCCUACCAUCGCGCAUGGGAAGCAGCGCAAAGUAUCGAAGGCUUCGUCAUCGAGCAUCCCGUCAUGUGCACCGUCAUUGCCCUGGGCGUACUUGCAGUCGUCGCGCCGUGGGUACUCGAAGCGCUCGGUUUCACAGAGUUGGGGCCAGUCCAAGGUACCUUCGCUUCCUGGUGGCAGUCGGCCUACGCUGGCCUGGUACCGAAGCGCUCACUGUUUUCCUUUUUCCAGCGUUUGGGCAUGGUGAAGUGGCACUGGGUUCUGGUCUGAGAGGCAAUAAAGCUUGGUUAUCUUCUCUCCGCGGUUCUCAUUUGCCAGGAGGUUCCUUCCGGGGUGAUUUUCAGGGAAGCGGGGAAGAAACCAGAUGUAGAACAGAUAUUGAAGGAGCCGAUAUAGCUGCAGGCUGAAGGA